AUGGAGUGUGAAGAUGAUUUCAAACAAACGGAACGAAAUCGUGCCGUGGACAGCCCCUUGGGCCACCUGGACCCAUCCCGAAUAACUCACAUGGUCGUUGAUCAAGUUGGUCUUGGUGGUCCGGCUGUUCAUCCCGACAAUGAAGGUUUCGUAAUUCCUGGCCCACCCUACCAGCACUGGUCUCGUUCCUCACCCGUGGCAAGUCCGUCUGUUAUGUCUUCACCUUCCAAA